AUGAAGCGGCACUAUUACGUGCAGAAAAUGAACAGCCAGGAAAAGUUGGGUGAAACUGGAGCCCCGGAUACGGCGGGUAUCUACACGAUAACGGUGCCAGUGGUUGACAUGCCGAGUAUGGCCAGUUCACCGGGAGUUCCGACGUUCGCUGAGAUCCUUCAGCUGCCGGGACGAGCAGCACCGGUAGCUGAUUUUGGGACGGUCAACAUCUAUGCGUCGAACGGAGGUGAUAGAAAAACGUCCAACCCGGCGCAAGGACAACCUGCCGGUAAGCCGUCCUUCGAUGAUAAGAGCGAUAACAGCAGCGACCUCAACAUGGCGGCUGCCUGCGACGAGGACAGCGAUAUCAUCUCGGAGUACAUCGGUCACUACGGUCGGUGGCAGUUUUGGUGGACGUUUUUGCUCUGCAUGUUCCAGAUUCCCACCACCUUCCAUAUCUUCUGUCUGGUGUUUCAGGCUGUAAUUCGGGACUUUUGGUGCGCUCGACCGGAGCAUCUUUCCGCGGUUCCAGUCGACGUGUGGCGCAAUCUCACCCACCCAACCGGCCAAUGCAACCAGCUUGUAGCUCCCUACGAAAGCCUCACAAUAGACACCUUCGCCGAUUACUUCCGGAGUGGAGCAGGCAGAAAUACGACCGACCUAACGACCUGCGAAGCUUACGAAUUCGACGACACCAUUUUUGGCCAAACCAUCAUCGCCGAAUUCGGGCUCGUAUGUGACCGUAGCCACCUGGCAAGCAUCGUGGAAAUGUGCUUCCUAGCAGGAGCAGCCCUUGGCAGUGUCAGCAGCGGCUGGAUCUCGGAUCAGUUCGGUCGACGUCACACGCUCAUGUGGUUCGCGCUGCUUCAGGGUGUUACAGGUCUCGCGCUCGCUUUUGUGACCAAACUUGAGCUCUUCAUGGGUCUGCGGGUGGUCCUCGGCUUCGCUUCGAUGUCGGUUGCUGUGGUCAGCUUUGUGCUGGUUGUGGAGCUAGUGAGUGGUCGAUACCGCACGAUCAUUGGCAUCCUCAACAUCCUGCCGGUGGCCUUGGCCUACAUCCUGGCUGCGGGUGUUGCGUACGUGUCACGAGAUUGGCGCACGAUGCAGAUCGCGAUCACCCUGCCUGGGUUGGCUUUAGUGACCAGCUGGGCUUGGUGUCCGGAAUCACCCCGAUGGUUGCUAGCUCAGGGCAGGUUAGACGAGCUGGGUCUGCUGUUGGAACGAGCAACCACCGCGAAUCGAUUGCUGCUUCCGGAUAACUACCGGAAGGCGUUGAUCGCUGAUCGAACGCGCUCGGAGUUAAGCGGAGAGUCUGACGCGAACGUCUCAGUUGGGGACAUCUUCCGGCGGAAGUACAUCCGCACAACGCUACUCAUGAUCGUGGUGUGGUUUGGCAUUAUCCUGAUCUACUUCGGUAUCACGCUGCAUAUGAGCAACCUCGGUGGGGAUGUCUAUCUCAACACGGUGAUCGCCGGUUCCGUAGAAUCGAUUGCCAUCUGUCUCAGCAUCGUGGUCGUGCUGAAGCUUGGAUUGCGGAUUAAUUUAUUCCUCUACAUGGUCGUGGCCGGGCUGUCCUGCAUCGUGAUGAAUUUCGUAACCGACGACAACCUCUGGCUGGUGAUUACGCUGGCGAUGAUCGUCAAGUGCUGCGUCGGAGCGUGCAACGCCAUCAUACCGACGUUCACGGCGUACCAGUACCCGACCAAGAUGCGCAACUUGGGUGUCGGAGUGGGUAAUUUCGCCGCCGGCGUGGCGCUCAUCAUCGUGCCGUACCUCUGGCUGCUGGAACACUACGAUCAAUACCUCCCGAUGACGGUGAUGGGUGUGUGCAGCAUCAUAGGCGGCCUAUCGUUGCUUCUUCUGAAGGACAAACUAAGUGAAUCAUAUCGUAAACGGAAACAAGCCAAACUGGAAUCACAUUUCAACAACACCACCACCGGCAAAGGCGAUUUACACCGUGCCUCCGUGGAUAACGACGAUUUGAAAAGGCACAUCGGUUCACAUUUCCCCCGCGAAGCAGAAUACGAGGAGGCCGGAAUCAGCAACAUUGGUUUUGCUAAAAAUGAAAGUAUUUUCCUGUAAUUUCCAACACAACGCUUUCGGUUUGUUUGCGCAGCAACAGACCAACCGCUCUCAUCCUGGUGGUGGUGCUGAGUGUCAGUUGUAGUGUGCCUCCCGUUGUGAUCAGCACGAUACAGGAGGCGAUUUUUCCUGGCAUACUUUCUAACGGAGCUAGAAGGAAUCUAAUAUAGGCCCAGGAACCUAACAAUAAAUAGCAGUGGAACGAGAUGCUUCAUCACGAUAACAAAAAGUAGUAUUUAAGUACGUUUCAGUGAGAUAUGAGACGAGAAGUAUCAGCAUUAUUUCAUGACAGUAUUUCGAACGGGUCGGGUUAGCGAUAGAGAUCAAAUCAUCGUUUUGGUAAGCAACUGGUGGUUCCUCGGCCUACGAGACUAAUGGAACGGGAACAUACACGAUCGCAGCAACGAUGCAAGAAGACAAAAGACAACAUGUGAUAUCAAGUACUAUUGUUUAAGUUACUUCCAUGUAAUACUAAGCACUCCUCCAAAAGUAUCGUAUGAUUUCGAAGAACGUGCGCAUUGGCUAUCGUUGUAAGAUAAAAACAUAUUAAGGACAUCUAUGUAGCAAGUAUUACAAACACUAGGUAAGUUAGAAUAGCUGCAACAGUGUUGAGCAAAAGGUGGUUUAGCGAGGAAGUUUUACAUUUACACUUAGUAAACACAGCAACAGUUAGCAAGCAAAAUACAUACGAUUGAUUCAUGGAAAGGCCAUGUCAAAUAAAA